AAAGGCCGAGAGGGAAUGAGUGGGAGGCGGGAGACCCAGUUCCUUCCCUCCCUGAACCAAGUCCUGCGCUACCAGGUUGGCCCUCUCAGGCCAGCGGCCCUCGGGGUAGAACCCCUGGCCGGGCGGCCAUCACCGGACUCGGAGGCGAGCGAGUGGGCGUGUGCGUGGGGGGCGGCCAAACUUCCUGUCCCGCGGUCGAGCUGCUUCCGGCGGGAGCCGGAAGACGCUGUGUGUGGACGGAAUUCGAGACCGAGUGACGGACGGACGGCUGCCCGGGACAGGAAGCUCCUGGUACAGUUUGUUCAGAAUACAUCCAUCCCUUUGGGUCAGGGGCUAGUGGAAUCAGAAGCUAAGGACAUUACUUGCCUGUCCCUCCUUCCAGUGACUGAGGCCUCAGAAUGCAGUCGGCUAAUAUUACCAGAUGAUACUCCAAAUCAUACUAACCCCAAAGAGGUCCCUUCCUCGGCUGUGUUGAGAAGCCUUCAGGUGAAUGUGGGCCCAGACGGAGAAGAGACGAGGGCUCAGACUGUACAGAAGUCUCCAGAGUUUUUGUCCACUCCAGAGUCUCCUAGCUUGUUGCAAGAUCUACAACCAAGUGAUAGCACUUCUUUUAUUCUUCUUAACCUAACAAGAGCAGGUCUGGGCUCUUCAGCCGAACACUUAGUAUUUGUACAAGAUGAGGCAGAGGAUUCAGGGAAUGAUUUCCUGUCCAGUGAGAGCACGGACAGUAGCAUUCCGUGGUUCCUCCGGGUUCAGGAGUUGGCCCAUGACAGUUUGAUUGCUGCUACUCGUGCACAACUGGCAAAGAAUGCCAAAACUAGCAACAAUGGAGAAAAUGUCCACCUUGGUUCUGGUGAUGGGCAGCCCAAAGAUUCUGGACCCCUUCCUCAAGUGGAGAAGAAGCUCAAGUGUACAGUUGAAGGGUGUGACCGGACAUUUGUGUGGCCAGCACAUUUCAAAUACCACCUGAAAACUCAUCGAAACGACCGCUCCUUCAUCUGCCCUGCAGAAGGUUGUGGGAAAAGCUUCUAUGUACUACAGAGGCUGAAGGUGCACAUGAGGACCCACAAUGGGGAGAAGCCCUUUAUGUGCCCCGAGUCUAGCUGUGGGAAGCAGUUCACUACAGCUGGAAACCUGAAGAACCACCUGCGCAUCCACACAGGAGAGAAGCCUUUCCUCUGUGAAGCCCAAGGAUGUGGCCGUUCCUUUGCUGAGUAUUCUAGUCUUCGAAAGCAUUUGGUGGUUCACUCAGGAGAGAAGCCACAUCAGUGUCAAGUCUGUGGGAAGACCUUCUCUCAAAGUGGGAGCAGGAAUGUGCACAUGAGAAAGCAUCACUUGCAGAUGGGAGCAGCUGGGAGUCAAGAGCAAGAACAAACUGCUGAGCCACUGAUGGGCAGUAAUUUGCUUGAAGAGGCUUCAGUAACCAGUAAAAACUUGGUGUCUAUGAAUUCUCAGCCCAGCCUUGGUGGAGAGCCCUUGGACCUUCCAAAUACCAAUUCUAUCCUAGGAGUUGAUGAUGAGGUGCUUGCUGAAGGAUCCCCACGUCCCCUGUCUUCAGUGCCUGAUGUGACACAUCAUUUGGUGACCAUGCAGUCAGGGAGGCAGUCAUUUGAGGUUUCUGUCUUAACUGCCGUGAAUCCACAGGAGUUACUAAACCAAGGAGAUUUAACUGAAAGACAGACAUGAGAAUGAGUGCCUACUCCUGGAAGAGCAGCUCUGUCUGAUCCCAGAGUGCAGACAGUGGGAACAGGAUGCUUUGGCUCACAAUUUGCCAGAACCAAAAUGAAUCAGUGAAGGACAAGACCCUGCUUUUACCUCUGUUCAUCUUUCCUGGCCUAGAAGUUGAGUGUAGGAGAGUGUCUCUUCAACUGCCAUCUGAUUCAGACAAGGAAGAAAGCAGGGAAUGUGGGCUGGGUAACUGUCCCUACCUCUCUUCCCACUGCAAAAGUUUGGGAUAGACUUCUCCCAAAAGUGAAUUUGAUUACAUGUUGGCUGAAGUUUCCCAGUAUGACUGUGGAAGGGAGGUUUUCCUUUGAAGAGUUUUUAUCCCAGGUUGAGCUUCUUUUCACAUGAGUGAACUAAAUCCUGCCACCGACUGUAAAACUUCACCAAGAAGUUGCGCUUUCAAGAUGCCUUGUUGCUUUGGAGAAGGGAGUGACAUUCUCCCUUUAGCAACCCGAGUAAGAGACUCUUUCCCCACUGGGCUGCAAAGAAAAUAAAUUACUUGAAUCUCUGCUUG